CAAAAAUCUAAAUAGAAAGAAAGAAGUAAGAAAUGGCUACAACCCAAAAGUGCAAUGAGUGGCAAUUCAGCGGGAGCGAGGCGGCCAAAGAAGCUGCUGCUGCCACCCUAGGCGCCUACAGCUCUGCACUAUAUGCUCUCUGUGAUGAUUCUAAUGGCAAGCCCAUUUUCCCCCCGAGUAACAAGAUCGUCGAGACCAGCCAUUCAGCCGAAAGAGCUGUCGUUAAGGUUGUUCUCACCGGCACGGGGAACGCCUAUGCUCCUAGUGUUGGCCUUCCCAUUGCCAGAAGUGCCGUAGCAGAGUAUCUAAACCGAGAUCUUCCAAAGAAGCUAACACCAGGUGACGUGUAUAUGACUGUUGGAUGCAAACGAGCAAUUGACCUUGCGGUGGAUAUUUUGGCUAAACCAAAAGCCAACGUUUUGCUUCCGAGGCCUGGCUUCCCAUGGGAUAUAGUCCGCUCCAUCUACAAGAACCUUGAGGUCCGUUACUAUGAUUUCAUCCCUGAAAAGAACUUUGAGAUCGACUUCGAAAGCGUCAAAAAGGUGACAGACAAGAACACUUUUGCGAUAUUUAUAAUCAACCCUCACAAUCCCAAUGGAAACACCUACUCUGAGGCUCAUCUCAAACAGCUAGCUGAGUUGGCUAAGGAACUCUCGAUAAUGGUGGUCUCUGAUGAAGUUUUUAGAUGGACCGUCUUCGGGAAUAACCCUUUUGUUCCGAUGGGGAAGUUCUCUUCCAUUGUACCAGUGGUUACACUAGGAUCCUUAUCUAAGGGGUGGACGGUCCCAGGAUGGCGAACUGGCUGGGUUGCACUGCACGAUCUAGAUGGUGUCUUCAAAAACACUAAGAUAGUACAAGCUGCCAAUGACUUUAUGCAGAUAAAUGCUAAACCUCCGACAAUUAUUCAGGCGGCUAUGUCUGACAUUUUGGAGAGAACUCCAAAUUAUUUCUUCGUUGAGAGGGGAAAUUAUCUGAAACAUAAAGUAGAAAUUGGAUAUUCUAAGGUCAAACACAUACCUGGCCUCACUUGUUACAUGAAACCCGAAGCGUGCACCUUUUUAUGGACCAAGCUGGAUAUCUCGUGCUUUGCUGACAUUGAAGACGAUGAAGACUUCUGCAGGAAGCUUGCUGUGGAAGAAAAUCUCGUCGUUUUGCCAGGUGCAAAAAUGUUCAAAUCCCUUUGCAUAAUAUAUAAUACAAGUUUUUCAUGUUUUAACAAUACAACAUGUGUGUUGAAUUGGUUAGGAAUUGCAUUUAGUCAGAAGAACUGGUUGAGGCACUCUAUCGACAUGGACACGCAAACACUUGAGGAAGCAUUUGAAAGAUUGAAGAGCUUCUGUGAACGCUAUUUUACUGAAAGUGGAGCUCCACGCAAAAACGUCAAUGGCGUCAACUAAAGGGUCAAUAUGAUGAUCUUUGCAUAAGUCUAUUUGCAUGUGUUAUAAUAAUAAAUGGGUGUUUUCGUUAAUGUGAGGUAAAUCAUGAACGCUUUCGUAUUUGUAAUAAAUAAAAUUGAUGUACUUAUCAUCAAUCGUGGAAUGUAUUCUCAUUAUGUAUCUACUUUUCGGAAUUAU